AACAAAAAAAUUUAGACCGUCGAAAAAUAGAUUUGACUUGCGGGCCGUGUGAACGGGAUAAUUCGCACUGUUAAUUGAUGGGACGAACUAUGUAAUUCAUGUUGCCGUGGAAAAGUUGUUAGCUCUACUCCGGCGUAACGUUAAUCGAUUAACCCGAACUUCAAGAAGAAAUUGUUAACACUAAAAAAUUGACUUUAGAUAUUGUAUUUUCCAUUAUUUCCUUUUUUGCUACAGGAAAAACUAUUUAUUCUCAUAAAAUGGGCAAGCGUCGUAAGCAGACAUUAAUCGACUCUGAAGACGAUUCUAGUGAUAAUGAUUCAAACCUCGAAUCGGAAUUAUUAUCUUUGGCAAAGAAAAAGUCAAAAACUAGUGUUGCACAGAGUAAGAUCGCUGCCUUGUCUGAAUCUGAUUCUGAUUCCGACUGGGUUCAAGGUGCUAGCACUUCUACAGCUGCAAAGAAGACACGCAUAAAAAAAGUUAAUAAAGAAUCGGACACUUCUGAUUCAGAAGAUGAUCUAAGCAAAAAGGGUGACACAAAAACUUUGGACAAAGAUGUUAUUCGAGAAGAAGGAGAGGUUUCUGACAGCAACGAAGAAAAUGCAAGCGACUCAAUUGAUUCAGGGUCAUCUGGGCAAAGCUCUGAUAGUAGUUCUGAUUCGGAAUUUGAUGAUGGAUAUGAUGAAAACCUUAUGGGGGACGAAGAAGAUCGUAAACGUUUGAAUGGGCUAUCUGAAAAAGAACGGGAAACGGAGAUUUUUAAACGUAUCGAACAAAGAGAUUUAUUAAAAACUCGGUGGGAAAUCGAGCGAAAAUUAAAAAUAGCACGCCGUGGAGAAAGAGCCAUAAAAACUAGUCAGAAAAAGACCAAAAAGACAAAGGUGGCCAAAAAGCAAAAAGCAACAGAAGUAAUUAUGGAACAAAAAGUCACUUUGGUUGUUGAGAAAGGACAAGAGGAAGAAAAUAUUGGUACUAAUAUAGAGCCAGAAAUUCAAAAACCUCCAAAUUUUACGGAGGAAGCUGUGCUCGAAAGGCAUUCUUCCACGGAUGAUCAGAGUGCUGUGGAAAAUUUAGAUCAUAAGGAACGAUCCAAAGAGCGCAAAAAGAAUGUUGAAAUGAAUCGGACUGACGACAAGCGUAGUACUGCCAUGGCUAUGUUAAAAGCGAAGCGCGAGGGAAAAGCUAAGCGGGAGGAAGAGGAGGCAAAACGUCAAGCGGAACGCGAUCGAGAAGAAGAGAAAGAAGAGCUGGAAGGAGUAGCAGGAGGAAAAUCAAGUGUAAAACUAAAAGCCUCGGAAAUUUAUUCUGAUGAUUCAGGUAGUAGUGAUACUGAUGACGAAAAGCCAUCUGAAAAGCGUUCACGCUCAGCAAGCAGUAGUAAAUCUUCCAGCGAAUCGGAAGACGAAGAAGACACAAUUAGGUCGCCCAUAUAUAUUAACACUCGAGAAGAAUUAAACAAACUGCGAUUAUCAAGAUUCAAAAUGGAACGUUUUAUAAAUCUUCCAAUGUUCGAGCGAACUGUUAUGAACUGUUUUGUCCGCAUAAGCAUUGGCAAUAACGGCCAAAAGCCUGUCUAUAGAGUAGCUGAGAUAGUGGGUGUGGUAGAAACAGCUAAAAUUUAUAGCCUGGGUAAAACUCGGACGAAUCGGGGACUGAAACUUAAACACGGGAAUCAAGAACGUGUCUUUCGUUUGGAAUUUAUUUCUAAUCAAGAAUUCACUGAAACCGAAUACGCCAAAUGGCGUGAUAUAUGUGCUCAACAAAAUGUUCCGAUGCCAACCGUGGACACGAUAGAGCGCAAACAACUUGAUAUUAAAGAGGCGCUCAAUUACGAGUUCAAGGAUGAAGAUGUUGAAAAAAUUAUUGAGGAAAAAAAUCGGUUUCGCAAUAGACCGACUAAUUACGCAAUGAGAAAGACUUGUUUAAUGAAAGAACGUGAUGCUGCAAUGUUACGUGGAGAUUACGAUGUAGCACAAGAUUUAGGCCAGCAAAUAGAUGAACUUGAAAGUCGUGCAUCAGAACUAGACAAAAAACGGUCAAGCAGCAUAAGCUUAAUAUCCUACAUUAAUGACCGAAAUAGAAAACGGAAUGUGGAGGACGCUGAAAAGGCUAUUCUGGAAGAGGCUCGAGCUAAUAAGGGAUUAAAAAUUUCGGACCCCUUUACACGACGCAUAACACAGCCGCGUAUGGGUUUUAAAGCCGUUGAGAAAAAAGCAGAACCAACCGUGCAGCAGGCAACAGCUCUGCCGCUGACAAAGCGAAAAGUAGAGGAAAGUUCUACAAGCGGCUCGAAGCCAACCGAUCCUAAAAAUAACUAUAGUCUCUAUGCACUACAUGAUUUUGAUAUCGAAUUGGACGUAUCACUUUUGAAUGCCGUUCCAACCACUCGAUAAUAUUCAAAAUAAUUCUUAUUGUAUGAACCAAGUUAGUGAACUUAAAUAUAUAUAUAUGUAUUGUCCGAAUAUCACUAUUAAUAUGAUUGUUGAAAUUACAAACAAUUAUUAUUUUAAUAUUGUAUUGUAUUGAUCUAGGAUUUUUUCAUUAAUCCUCCAUCUUUGGUUGGCUUAACAUGUAAUACUUAACUACAAAAGUACGGUAUUGAAUUCAAAAGAUAGAAAAUGGCUGACAGAUAAAACGUUGUUUUUUUUUUUAAAUUAUCGGUUCAUUGAUUUUUUUAAUUGUAAUAGAUCUGUUCCACAAGAAUUUUUCGAUUUAUAUUUAUUGUUUUAAUAUAAUUGGUUUUUAAACUUAUUUUUAAAUCAUUGAUAGUUGAUAAUUUCAUGAAAGCAAAACGUUAACUUACGUUUCUACUUAAAUAAAAAUAUCAGUAUACAUCCAAUAAUUUUCAAAAAAAAAAUUCUCAUGCGUAUAACAAAAAACUGGUAUCGACUUGCCAAAAGUAUGUUAAUAAAAGCUGUAAACUUUGCACCCACGCAAAACACAUUUUACUUAAGGUAUGCCAAUAA